AUGGAUAAAAAGUUGGUUGAUAAUUAUGUCAAACAUGCUACUACACAUAAUCGAGUUUUGGAAGAAGAACAAUGUUGGAGAGAAAUAAAACGUCGUCAUAAAAGAUCAAAUGAAUCUCGUGAUCGAUCAUCUGAAUCAAAUUGUGCUCAAUCAGAACAAGCAUUAGAUGCUUAUGAGCGUACACUUCGUUCAGAAGCUAAACGUAGUAUAGAAUUACUUUCUGCUCGUACAUUACCAAGUGCUGCUGGUGGACAAAAUGCUAAAGAGUUUUGGCGAACACUUGCUCGUCGACAUUGUGAUACUGGUCGUUGGGGUCAUGAUGGUUGGGAUGAAUUACAAAAUGAAGGUUCUAUACCAUUUAAACAUUCUGAAAGUAUUGAUGAUGUAAAAAUAAAAUCAGUCACAUCAAAUAUAACACCUAAACUACCAUAUCAACAUACAGUUGAUAAAUUAAAAGAACAAGAAGCAUUAAAAAAAUCAAAAAAGAAAACUAAACAUAAAUUAUCUCAAUCAAAAUCAAAACAAAAACAUGCUAAAAAGCGUAAAAGUAAAUUGAAAAAAGUUAAAAAGCAUAAAAAAUCUGAUAAGAAAAAGAAAAAUAAGAAAAAAACCAAAGUGUCUAAACGACGAUUACCUACUCCGUCAUCGUCCUCCUCCUCCUCCUCUUCAUCAUCAUCAUCAUCUUCUCCUUCUUCAACAUCCUCUUCUUCAUCUUCAUCACCACCUCCUUCACCAGUUCCUUCACCAUCCAAUUCUUCAUCAUCUUCCUCCCCUUCAGCAAGUUCUAUUGGAACAGAUGAUGAAAUAGAAUGGCAAGAAUUAAAAGUAAAUUAA